CAGGCGUAUCCCUCGGAGCAAUAAGGACCGGAUUCAUUAGCUGUCAGUCGGUUUUCGGGACGCCACAGGUGCUCAGAGCAUCAAACGCAUACUCAGUCUACGCUCGCACAUACGGUUUAAGGUCCGCUGUGCUCGAAUUAUUUGCGGUGCACUUUUCGAGGAUUUGGUUCGAGAUGGAACGUCGCGAAGGUCCAGAGACAGAGAAAUUACUCAACGGCAGAUUCAGUGAUGAAGAUGAGGACAUUUUGGACGUCGCGCACGAGAAGAAACUCAAAAAAGUUCAAUUCGAAGUCGACCAGGUACAGGAAAUCAUGAGGGAUAAUGUGGAAAAAAUCACCGAGAGAAGCGAGCGAAUCAUCGAGCUUCAGAGCAAGAGCGAUGCUCUCAACGAAUCCGCCGACUCUUUUCUGCAGGCGAGCAAAAGGAUGAAGCAACGGCUUUGGUGGCGAGAACACAGGCUCUUCCUCGCGGCCGGUCUGUUGGUCAUCGGAGUUUUAGUUUUUCUCGUCCUCACGAUUAAGGUAAGUCUCUACUACAGCUAUAACUACGGUGGGAAGGAAAUAUAUUUUGUUUAA